CGCAACACUAUUUAGUGAAAGUCACACAAGGUGACGAGUCUCCAUCUGUUGCGCAGCAGAGUAAAAACGUGGCUCAAUGCUCUUCACCCCUUGUACCAAUACAACCAAACCUCUAAUGAUGCUCAGCUUCUCGUGGCUGAGCUGUUUAUCAAACCACACAUUAUGAGUCUGCCGCCAUUAAUUGGUGGCACUACUUGUUACCAUGGAAACAUGGGGUCAGUUACUCUCUUGUUACUUUGGCGACUAUUUUAUGUCAAGUUUGCAUUUUCUGUGACUACGUCAGGUCAGAAAGUUUUAUUUCAACUGAAUUCCAACUAAAGGUUGUAUAGCAGCAGCGAUGGCGCCCUCUCUGGUCCAGGCCUACAGGAGGCGCUGGUGGAUGGCUGUGACGGCCGUGAUGGAGAACCUGCUGUGCUCGGCCGUGCUGCUGGGAUGGGGCUCGCUGCUGAUCAUGCUCAAGAGGGAAGGUUUCUACUCGCACCUGUGCUCAGUGAACGACUCGGUGGUUGUGGGCAACUCCUCUGGUGGAGAGCUGGAGGAGUGGCUCAGCUGCGUGGACCAGGAGGAGAUGCUAAAUCUGGGCUUCACCAUCGGCUCCUUCCUGCUCAGCGCCACCACGCUGCCGCUCGGCAUUCUGAUGGACAAGUUUGGGCCACGUCCUCUCCGCCUGUUGGGCAGCUCCUGCUUUGGUCUGUCCUGUGUUAUAAUGGCAGCAUCUGCCUACAACCCUGAGUCUCUGUCGGCGCUCAUCUUCCUGGCUCUCUCCCUGAACGGCUUUGGAGGCAUCUGCUUGACCUUCACCUCCCUCACGCUCCCCAACAUGUUUGGUGCCCUGAGCUCCACCAUCAUGUCUCUAAUGAUCGGCUCCUAUGCCUCCUCUGCUGUCACCUUCCCCGGAGUUAAGCUCAUCUACGAUGCAGGCGUAUCCUUCAAGGUGAUCAUGUGGAUGUGGGCUGGCCUCGCGACCGCUGUCUUCUUCAACUGUUUCUUCAACUGGCCUGCAAAAGGCUUCCCAACGCCCGACGAGGUGGACUACAGCAAGAUCCUCACGCUUCAAGAGCUGCCGUCAUCAGAACAGAAGGUAGUUGGAGAGAGACUGAGCCAGAAAAAUGGGGAUGUUCGAACCUCCAUAGAAAAGCUUCCUAAUGGACAUGAGGCUGCAUCCAAUGCCGUUCCCUUCCGCCGUUCUGUCUUCUCUCCCAUCUUCCUGUGGAGUCUGAUUACGAUGGGCAUGUCCCAGUUGAGAAUCAUCUUCUACAUGGGGGCGAUGAACAAGAUGCUGGAGUUCAUGGUUACCCACGGACAAGUGCAUCCAAACGAGAAGCUGGUGAUAGAAGCAGAAGAGAAAGUGAGUUUCUACUCGUCGAUCUUCGGCACGCUACAGCUACUGUGUCUGGUCACAUGUCCUCUGAUUGGAUACAUCAUGGACUGGAAGAUGAAGGAGUGUGAAGACACUGAGCAGACACAAACCAGUGGGCCCAAAAGAGACCGUAAGAUCCAGAAGGUGACCAACGCCAUAAUAGCCUUCAUCUUCACCAACGUGCUGCUGAUCGCGUUUGGCUUCUGCUGCCUCAUCGACAACCUGCCUCUGCAGAUUUUGACCUUCAUCCUUCACACCAUGGUCCGAGGGUUUAUCCACUCCUGCUGCGGAGGCCUCUACGCCGCUGUAUACCCAUCCAACCACUUCGGCACCCUGACAGGCCUCCAGUCUAUGAUCAGCGCUGUGGUCGCUCUGCUGCAGCAGCCGCUGUUCAUCGCCAUGGUCGGGCCCCUAAAAGGAGACCCCUACUGGAUCAACCUGGGCCUGCUGAUCUUCUCAUUGGCCGGUUUCCUGUUGCCAGGUUACCUGUUCCUCCACCGCAGACAACUUAUGAAAGAAAAGAAGGCCAGAGACAAGCGGGCAGCUGGUCAGGAGACGCAGGCACUGAACCACAAAGAGGCCAACGGCCACACGUCCCACAGCAACGGCGUGGCUGCCGUGGAGGCUUAGACAGCGCCAUAAAUCAGAGGAUGGUAGGGCUUAGUCCACGUGCCUUCAAUUAGCACCAUCAUCUGCGCAUGACGUUUCAGGCUUUACGUCAUCGAGGGUACAGAUGUGGAUCGCAAUGAACUAUGCUGAGCAAAUAAGGCCCGCGUUUUUUUGUUGUUCAUGAUUUCAGGAGUAUUAUCAUCUUGUGUUGUCAUUUAUUUAUUGUAUUUUAGCUUAAAGAGCCAAAACAGUGUAUUUUAAAGCCAUAGAUUUCACAUGUGCACAGACACAGAUGGAGACAUUCAGCUCUGUCUUCCGUGUGUCACAUUGCAGAUGUUAUGGUACUUGAAAUACUGAUAGAUUUCAAAUACUUCUGAUAAUUACUCAUUCAACACUUGCUAACACCAAAGAAAAACCAAAAGCUAUUAGGAAACUUUCUACACAAGUAUUGUUUAAAAUUGUUAUUAACAAAAACAUUUGAAUAUUGAAUGCAGUUUCUACCCUAAAGCCCUCAGUUAAAGCGACAAUCAUUAUUCAGCAAAACACUAUUAAAAGCAUACAGAAAGUCAAAGGACAUGAAAAGCACGAGAACAUCAGAACAAAUGUGGUGUGUAUGAAGAAGCUUUUGUCAGAGAUGCAUUAGAGAUGGCUCAUCACAGAGACCAUAUCUACCUCUUUGCUUUUCCAUUUUGUACUUUUUAGUACGAUUUCCAACUUAUACGUUUUUAGAUUUUUCACAAUUUUUUAAAUGUGAAAAGUCCUAAAUAAUAAAUUCAGAUUGUUUUUGAUUUUAUAGUUGUUAAAGGUUCUGCUGAUUCAGCCCCUACAUACAUUUCUGGACUUUUUAUAUGUAGGUCAAAUGUUAUUUAAAGACAUUUCACCUGGAGCAAUAUUACUGAUUUUAACAUAAACACUGACACAGUGUGUUGCUUUAUAGACAGAAAUGAACUAGUGUUUGUAUAAAAUAUGUAUUUAUGCUCUUUUCAUAUUUUAGCUGUAGUAGCAUUAAAAAGGGAAACAUUUAUUUCAGUAUCAGCUUUCAGUGUCAUCUGCUUUGUGAAGUAUUAUUUUUAGCAAAACUAAAUCUUCUAAAUUUUUGUUUUGUAAAUAGAACGGAGGAUCUUAAAUAUCCUUUUUGCUUUAUCACAUAUGGGUUUGUAUAGCAUUUUACAGUGGCUGUGAUUUUACAGUUUGAUGUUGUUUUUUUAAUAAGCAGCUGCAGAUCAAAGAAAAAAAUGAUUACUAGUCUGUAUUUUUUUAUGCACAGGAAAAUGCAAUGUCAAUCAGUUGUAUUCAUUUCCGAUUCUUUGACUCACUCCAUUUAAUGCAAAGCAGGUUUUUCUUUUGUUGCUUUUCUGCUCCAGAUAUAAAAUGGGUCAGAAUUCUUCUAUAAUUGCAGAGGAAGAAGGAAGAGUUUUCAACCAUGUGCCUCAUCUGCCAUGUUGCCUUUCUUGCAAUAGAAAAAAAGACUGUAAGAUCACCAUGUCUUAGUGUGUGGUUUAUAAACCAAAGCCAUGCUGUGGACAAACUUCCUUAUGGUCCAAUGUAAAGCAGGGGAUAAAGUGUUCAUUAACAAUCAUUUUAGAGGCAGAAUGUUAUGCUGUUCAGCAGGAAUGCUGUUCAAGUGUUGGGAAGCUUUUCCAGGUGGGCAUAUGGUCAAUAAUUUCCUCUUCCCACGUAACAGUAUUUGUUGUUGAAAACAGUGCGCUAGCAAUAACAGAAACCACCUGACCUCUUUGUACCUGGAAAGUCAGGCCCGUUACUUCUGAUGAAUACUCCUGGAUGUCAUUAAAGUUUAACUGACCCAGUUA